GGGGCUAGUUCUCGAUUACUGACUAAUAGAAACAUGUAGGCAACUCCGCUCUGCUAACGCUGGUAGCCUAAAGGAGGAGGGCAGAACGGUGAGGUGCCCCGUUGGUGAAUUAUUUGGGUGCUAAUGACCCAGGUAUCUGGCUAUUCUAAACACGGCUAUGGCGUACCGAAAUGGCCUGGGCAGCUAUAGGCCAAGAGGAAGCUAGGCGAAAGGUUGAUGAACAAAUCGCCAAGCUGAGGAAGGAGAAAGAGGAAGCUGAGGAGGCAGGGAGGCAGGAGGAAAGGAGGAGACAACUUGUGGUGGAGGUACAGAAGGUUGUUGAUAGUGGGACUGCCAGUGGGUACAAUAAGAGCAUUGCUGAGAUGGUCAUCUUGAUUGACACCCUCAGCAGAUCUUAUUUUUCCAACUGGGACCACCGGAUCUCUGCUGUGGAGAGUCAGGUCUCUGCCAUCGAACACAAAGUGGAUCAGAUGGCAAAGGACCUGACCUCUCUGGCAACAAGGAUGAACAGCGUUCUGCAACACCUCAAGCUGCCUCUCCUAGCCCCUCAGCCUGUACAGCCAGCUGGCCAGCUGAUCACCCGGCCAGCGGGUUCACCACCUCACAGUCGUCCAGCCUCGCCUGCUGGUUCUCAUGUAUCCACCCCUUUUGUUGCUUCUGGUACAUCUGUGCAGCGAGGGCCCAAGCGAACACCACCUCCUAUGUACUCUGGGGAAGACCCCAAGGUGGAUGUAUCAGACUGGGUCACCGCUAUGCAAGCAUACCUGGGCAGCUUCACAUGCCCAAAAGCAACAAAGGUGGGGACCAUUCUUGGCCGGUUGGAGAGGUCUGCACUGAAAUGGUGCACCUCCUCUGCAACCAAAGAGAAUGUCGCUAUGGAUAGGUGGGGAAAGCAGCUGGGGGUGGCAGGGUUGCUGAAGGCGCUGCAGGACCGGUUUGCUGACAGGGAGCAGGCCCUCAAAGCAGCUGAUAAAAUUAUGCUGCUGGGGUCCCACAGAUUUGAGGGCUCUCUGUCCAAGCUCUACAGUCUGUUUGAGAGCUUGACGUCUACACCCGGUCUGGAGAUGAGUGAGUCUGACCAGCUCACCCAUUUCCUGCGUGCAGCCCCUCCAGACUACUCUAUUGUUUUGUAUGCUCAGGGCCACAAGGACUGGAGGUCCUUUGGCAAAGCGGCACUGGAACUGGAGUCUCGGCUCAAGGUUCAGACUCCCUUUGAAGGAAGGAAGAGGCCUACCUCCCAGGGACAGCGCAGGAGGAAAGGCGCUCUAUUGGCUGCUGAUGCAGGAUCUGAUUCAGAUGCAUCUCCGCGUGGCAGUCCUCCAUCUGAGACUGCAUCCGGAUCAGCAGUUGAGCCAGCCGUUCUUGCCCUGGCUGAGAAUCUUGCUGCCAUGUUCAAGGGAAAAUUCAGCAAGGACAGCAGCAAGAGUUCAGCCAGCCAGAAGGGGAAAGGGAAGGGACAUGCGACUUCCCCUCAGGCCCAGAGACCUAAUCUUCCACGAGACGUCCAUUGGCCAAUCAACGUCAUGGAUCCUUCCACCCUUCCCUGGAGAGCGCUCAGGAUCCAGGAAGGGCAGCGGCAGAGGAGGAAGGACCGUGAGACCCGGUUCGAGUUCAAAAAACUCGACCAGUUGAGGGAAGUGGAGUCUGCAGCUCCCUCCACUUAUGCUGAAUCAGAUUAUGAUGGAUCUGAUUCUACAUCCACCCUCACUGACUCUGUUGUUGGAGUUGCUGCGUCAGGAUCCUUCACUUACAUGGACCCUGACCUGGAUGAGACGUGGCAGGAAGAUGAUAGUCAGACUUUUGUUGAUCUUUUCCUGUCUUUGCAGGAAAAGAAAAAGCAUAAGCCAGACCUCAUCUUGCUGCGACCCUCUAUCCUGGGAGCCAAUAUUAAGGGCCUGUUAGAUUGUGGGGCUACCCGGAACUUCAUCUCUCCCAAGGCUGUCAGUAAGCUGCAUUUGGAUGGGAGAUUGGCGAAGUUGCUACAACCACUGGAAGUCCGAAUUGGGGACUCCUCCACAGUCCGGAUUACAUCUGCUAUCAGGAAUCUUCCGGUUAUCUUUGACAAGGAGGAGAAGGUCAGGCAGCGCCUGAACUUCUAUGUGUUUCCCAAUGUACCCUUUGAUCUUGUGUUUUCCAUGCAGUGGCUUGAGGCCACUAACCUUAGGAUCGACUGGCAGAUCCCUAGGGUAGAGCUCCCUGACUGUAAUGGAGACUAUCAGCCUUGUGUCCUGGCUGAUGAGUACCAUCCAGUCAGCAGUUGCUAUUGUAUGAGGGCACACAAGUUCUUUCAGCUCUCUCGCCAGACUGCCCACACAUGUCUGUUCGUUGCAUAUGUGAAACAGACUGGUGUGGACAUUGCUCCUUAUCUCUCACCGCUUCAGCAGGUUUUGGACCGGUAUCCAGACCUGAUGCAGGAGCCUACUGGACUUGUCCAUAGGCAGACCCAGCACAGGAUUGAGCUCCUGCCAGGUGCGGUCCCUCCCAAGGGCCGUGUCUACAGGAUGUCACCUGCUGAACUCGAUGAGCUCAGGAGACAACUUGAGACCCUGACCAGCAAGGGCUGGAUCAGACCCAACACAUCUGAAUUUGGGGCUCGAGUUCUCUUUGUCCCAAAGGGAAAUGGAGAGUUCAGAAUGUGUGUGGACUACAGGGGUCUCAACAAAAUCACUAGGAAGUCUACAAAGCCCCUUCCUAGGAUUGAUGACCUGCUGGACAUGGUGCAGGGCUGCACAAUCUUCAGCAAGAUCGACCUCAAAUCUGGCUACCAGCAGAUUGAGAUGGCUGAAGGCGAUGUCCACAAGACUGCCUUCAAGACCAGAUACGGCACCUACGAGUACCUGGUCAUGCCCUUCGGUCUUUGCAAUGCCCCUGGCACAUUCCAGACAGAGAUGCAUUGCAUACUCGGGCCUUACCUGGACAGGUUUGUAGUUGUGUCCCUGGAUGAUAUCCUGGUAUUCAGUCGAUCUGUCGAGGAGCAUGCGCAGCAUCUGGCUCUAGUUCUCCAGGCACUACAUGAGGCCCAGUAUAAGAUCAACAGGGAAAAGUCCUCCUUUGGAGUGACUUCUGUGACUUAUCUGGGACAUGUAAUCUCUGGGGAAGGGUUGGCUCCUGAAGCGCCAAAGAUUGCAGCGAUUCAGGACUGGCCAUAGCCUACCACAGUUCGUGAUGUCCGGUCAUUC